AUGGCACCGAAAACCAUUGGAAAAGCCGCCAAGAAGUCCGGAAAGGCGCAGAAAGUCAUCGUCAAGGGAGAGAAGAAGAAUAGGAGACAGCGCAGGAAAGAAAGCUAUGCCAUCUACAUCUACAAGGUGUUGAAGCAGGUCCACCCGGACACCGGAGUCUCGUCGAAGGCCAUGAGCAUCAUGAACAGCUUCGUCAAUGACAUCUCCGAACGUAUUGCUGCUGAGUCGUCCCGUCUGGCUCAAUACAACAAACGCUCGACGAUCACCUCCCGCGAAAUCCAAACUGCUGUCCGUCUGCUGCUGCCGGGUGAGUUGGCCAAGCAUGCUGUCUCUGAAGGAACCAAGGCCGUCACUAAGUAA